AAUAUACAUGUUUUGCUAACAAGCCUUUGUAAUGAAAUAAAAUUCUUAAAUUAAUGAAUUCUAUUUUAUUUCAGGUCUUCCAAUCGUGCUGUAUAAACAUUGAAGCUCAUAGUAACCCUGCUGUCAUUCAGCGAUUGUUGGAUACGAACCGCUUUCUGCUGCCAUUGCCUGACCAGAUGUUAUCUGACACUUUGCUCCAGACAGCACAAUGGUUCAUCCCCAUUCAUGCGGUGUCUGAGGAGUGCCGUAACCACAGCAUCUCCUUAAUCGACGGCUUGGUGCAUGGUGACAGCAAAGCAUUACAAUUUGUUGACGCUGCUGGGAAGCUAGGAUCAGGACUGCUAGACUUUAAGUUGCACAUCACAGGGAAUUAUAGGCAAUGUCUUCAAAUAAAGGAUGUCAACAGAAAGUUCUUAGGAAAAUACUGCACAAUAUUUACAAGAGGAUUCAUGUACGAUGAUAAAGCAAUUACCAAAAAACAAUUGCAUGCUUUCGACGUUGCAUACACACUUUGUGUACCGUCUAGCUGCUCAGAGACGGAUGUGGCAGUUCACAUUGGUACCAAUUUGGCAGAGAUCAAUGCCACUGUAGUAGACAACGUAAUUUGCUCAACUGCGGAACCACCUCCUUUCCGACUUAAGGACUACUUUGCAAUGUCAUUUUUUACUUUUCUCGCAAUUCUCGUAGCAACAAGCACGUUCUACAGCAGCAGGAACAAGAACAACCCAGUGUUCAAAGCGUUCUCUCUCGCAAACAACUUCCAGAGCCUGAUGGACACAAGGAGUUCCGAUGAUGAGAUCACUUGUCUCAAUGGGCUCAGGGCCAUCUUCAUAAUGACAGUCGUUUUUCACACAAGGAUACCGGUUAUUUUGGAUAUGGGUUAUAUUUCUGUAGAUGGUUUCAUCCUAAUCAGCGGAAUUGUAUUGGCUUAUAACUUCUUUCGGAAGCGUCUUAAAAAUAUCGAAUUUAAUAUUAUUAAAUUCUAUAUGGAAAGAUAUUUUAGGUUAACUCCUAUGUUGGCCUGUGUGAUACUAUAUUAUUCUACUCUCCUGAUACACCAAGGACAAGGGCCUAUAUGGUAUACGAUGUUCAAAGAAGAAGAAAAGUGUAAACAGAACUGGUGGGCCGGGUUUCUUCACGUUACAAACUACAUCGACCCAAAGUGUGCAGGACAUAGCUAUUAUAUCGCCAUGGAUUUCCAGUUCUACCUGCUGUCUCCGUUGUUCUUGUUGCCCCUGCAUAGAAAACCAAAAAUUGGCUUCCUGCUGCUAGCUACUGCGUCACUAGUUUCGUCCCUGGCUGCAACUGUUAAUUCUUAUGUGAAAAAUAUGGGGACAGGAAAUAAGUUUAUACAUUAUGUAAGAGAUCUCAAUACAGAGACAGACGACGGUUCCAACUACUUCGGUAUCCACUACAGAAUACCAUCAUUCAGUAUGGGCCUCGCCUUGGGGUACUUCCUCUUUCAAGUCAACAUUAAAAAGCAUGAUUUUAUCCCAUCCAAGUCACUUCUCAGGCCUGUGAUUCCACAACCAGUCAAGUCGUGCCGCAAGGAAGUGAGGUGCGCGUACUCCUCACAGUCAGCGAAGCUCAUAGUAGACCCCGUGUACAGUCUGUGCCGCUCAAUGUCCAGGCGCGUGCAGUUUAUCUGA